CCCUCUGUUUUUUCUCUUUGUUUCUUCAUGUUCCUGCGGCUUCCAUUCUGCCCCAACAAGUGAAAGCUCCCGGCACCAGCAGAGACGAGGUGCCUAAGGUUUGAAAAUGCUCGUACUAUUUGAAACACCGGCGGGUUUUGCCUUGUUUAAAGUAUUAGACGAAGGAAAGCUAUCUACAGUAGAUGACUUGUGGAAGGAGUUUUCUACAUCAGAGUCAGCUAGACAGAUAGUGAAGCUGAAAGCUUUCUCCAAGUUUGAGAACACAGCUGAAGCUUUAUCAGCAGCGACCUUGUUGAUUGAUGGCAAGCCCACCAAGUCUCUUCGCAAAUUUUUGCGCGCUCAUUGUGAUGGAGAGACAUUAGCUGUGGCAGACUCGAAGCUUGGAAAUGUCAUAAAAGAAAAACUGCAAAUAGAAUGUGUGCACAACAAUACUGUGAUGGAGCUCAUGCGAGGUUUAAGAAGUCAAUUAACUGAACUGAUAUCUGGGCUCCCUGUUCAAGAUUUAGCUCCAAUGAGCUUGGGUUUAGCUCAUAGCUUAUCUAGAUAUAAGCUAAAGUUUAGUCCCGAUAAGGUAGAUACAAUGAUCAUUCAAGCGAUUGGUUUGUUGGAUGAUCUUGAUAAGGAGCUCAACACAUAUGCAAUGAGGGUUCGGGAAUGGUAUGGUUGGCAUUUCCCAGAGCUUGCAAAGAUUGUUCAAGAUAACAUUCUUUAUGCCAAGGUAGUCAAGCUGAUGGGGAACCGGGAAAAGGCCACGAAGCUUGAUUUCUCCGAGAUAUUGUCUGAAGAGGUUGAGACAGAACUGAAAGAGGCAGCGAUGGUGUCGAUGGGGACUGAAGUCAGUGAGCUUGAUUUGAUGAAUAUUCGAGAACUUUGUGAUCAAGUGCUGGCACUUUCAGAGUAUAGAGCUCAACUAUAUGAUUACUUGAAAAGCAGAAUGAACACUAUUGCCCCAAAUCUGACUGCUCUUGUUGGAGAGCUUGUUGGUGCUCGCCUGAUUGCUCAUGGAGGCAGCUUGCUCAAUCUUGCCAAGCAGCCUGGGAGCACAGUCCAAAUCCUGGGUGCGGAGAAAGCCUUGUUCAGAGCUCUGAAGACAAAACAUGCUACUCCCAAAUAUGGGCUGAUCUAUCAUGCAUCUUUAAUUGGUCAGGCACCUCCAAAACUGAAGGGAAAAAUUUCUCGAUCUCUUGCUGCUAAGACUGCAUUAGCCAUUCGAUAUGAUGCUCUUGGAGACAACCCAGAUAAUUCGAUGGGACUAGAGAACAGAGCUAAGCUUGAAGCCCGGUUGAGGAAUCUUGAGGGAAGAGAAUUGGGACGGUCUGCGGGGUCAGUGAAAGGCAAACCCAAGAUUGAAGCCUAUGAUAAGGAUCGGAAAGGGGCAGGGGCAUUAAUAACUGCAGCAAAGGCUUACAAUCCUUCAGCUGAUUCAACGCUUGGGCGGACAACAGCAAUAGCAGUGGACCAUCAGGACGAGGAGAUGAAGCAUAAAGCAGCAGAACCAAACCUGACAACUGAAGCAGGAGAAGAAACUACUGAAAAGAAGAAAAAGAAGAAAAAGAAUGUUGAAAUUCAGGACACUGAGCAGCAAAAGAAUGAGGAUUCUUUGGUGGAACCAGAAGAGGAAGACCAAACGGAAAAGAAGAAAAAGAAGAAAAAACAUACAAAACCUGAAGCUGACUUGGAGAUUGAGGAUCAACACGUUGAACCUGAAAGUGGAGAAUCGAAGAAGAAGAAGAAGAGAAAGCAUACAGAAACAGAGGAAGAAACUGAAGGGAGCAAGAAGAAAGAGAAGCAGAAGAAGAAAAAGAAGAAUGAUGAGUGAAUGUUGGAAUUAGAUCUAGGGUGGUGGCUUGCAUGGCAGGCGAGCCAACAAUUUUGAUGUUAUAUCAUGUAAAAUGUGGUUUGUUUUUUUCAUCGCAGGUGUUUCCUUAGGUAACUUAUUUUAUUUCUGGUUUCUUGAUUGACGUACACUAGAAUCUUAUAUAUCUACAUUGCUCAACUCUGGUGGACCAUGAAUUUUCUGCAA